UGUUGACUGUUGGGUGUUAAAGAUUGUGUUUGACGCUUUUUAAAAGGAAACAAGCUAAAAUACAGCUGAACUCACCAAGUCAAAAUUCGAAUCUGGUCGCCUAUGAGAAAACUUCCCACUAAUUUGCUUCCUGAUAUCGCAGUCUUAACAAAUUGUAUAUAUAUAAUAAUUGCGGUUGGGUUCGGUCAGCUCUUGCAUACACUUUACCGGCCAGAGCUGUCAUAUUAGGGAAAAACACUAACCUCGCCGUUGUUCUAUCUUUUUGAGCUGAAUAGGAAUUUUUAUUCGGAAAACCAAAAGCAAAUUAGAAUAAAUUAUUAUCAAGAAUUAGAUAUUAGUUAUGGAGGGCAGCUCUUCUAGUGAUAUGCAAAAGUUGAGUCUCUAAAGCAAGUGAGGAGGCUCAUAAAACAAUGAAGGAGGCUUUUAAAAGUCGAGCGUUGGAUCUAAAGCGAAAAUUCCACGGGUAAAGCCGAUAGUGAUACUAUGGCUUAUAUACUAAAAGAAGGCUGUUUGCAUCAUAGUGAGCAUAUUUUUCUAGCUGAAGCAUUUCUUGAUAUGGCUUCAACUGCUGGGACUGAACAACAGCAAGAAUUUUUUGCCUGGUCGCUAAAUCUUUUACGUGAGCAGUGGACGCAGCUAGACUGGCAAAAUAAUUACUUAUCUGAACCCUUGGGUAUAGUUCGUCUAUGUUCUGAGACACCGUUUAUGUGGUCAAUUUUUCACACCGUGAAGUUAUUUGAGAAGGCAUUUAAAAUAAUUGGAACCAGAGAAGAGAAUACAACUUUACGAAAAUGUUCAACGAGUAGUUUUUUGCAUCCAAUGGCUUCACACCUGUCCUGGAUGCUCCCUCCUCUUUUAAAGUUGCUUCGCGUCAUACAUUCUCUUUGGUCUCCUGCUAUAUAUCAAGCAUUACCUGAAAAAUUAAAAGCUGCCAUGUCUAUGAGCGACGUUGAGCUACAUGCUCUUUUUGGCGAAAAAAGCCCCAAAUUGCCAAAUGGAUUUUCAAUAUUCGCUGAUGGAUCUCAGACUGACACGAGCAAGGAAGGGUAUGCAGAAAUAAGUACAUCAGAUAUGCAGAAUUGGUUAAAAGAUAUUAGAGACAGUGGGUACACUGUCUUGGGCCUAUCAAUGAGCAUGCGAGAUCCUUUUUUUAAAUGCUUGGAUAUCGAUUCUGAUAUGGUAACAAUAGCGUUGGUGGAGAAUAUACGGUCGAUGCAGUUCAGGCAUAUAAAGCAGCUUAUUCAUUUAGUUUUAAUUUACUUGGUCGAAUCUUGUCCUUCAGAGAUGUGGGAAGUCUGGAUCGAAAAGCUUUUGUAUCCCUUUUUUAUUCAUGUGCAAAAUGCUCUUUGUUUUUCUCGGUCUAUUAGUUUGCAUGAAGGUAAUGCAAAGGUGCCGGAUGUCGGAAGCAUGCCUUCUGGAUCAGAUGUGAAAGCGUACGUAAUGGCAGAGAAAUUGCUUCGAGAUGUUACCCAUGGGACAUGCUCACUUCUUUCUGCUAUGGCAUCACCAGAAGUCAAUAUUGGAAUUCCUUUUUUGGAACCAUUGGGGCUUGUGAACAGUAUUGAUAGAUCGUCUCUGAAGGAUUUGAAUGAUUUUGCGAUAACCUCUUUGGUUGGUUUCCUUUUAAAGCACAAAGGUCUCUCGCGUUCGAUGUUACAGAUUUGUUUAGAAGUUUUUUGUUGGGCGGAUAGCGAAUCAGUGACAAAAAUUUCUACAUUUUGUACUGCUGUUGUUCUUCUCGCUAUUUUAACAAAUGACGUUGAAGUCCGAGAGUUUGUUUCAAAAGAUCUAUUUAAGUCCAUUUUAGAAGCGAUGAAGUUUGAAUCAAAUGCAGUUAUCAGUGCCGAUCUUGUUAGUCUAUGUCGAAAAAUAUAUUUUUAUCUCCGUGAUAGAGAGCCAUCACUAAGACGGGUUCUACUUUCUCUCACUGGUUCAACCCGUAGAUAUUUGAUUUUGUUUGAAGAAGACUUAUCAAAAGCGUCAAGUUCUGAGGAACAACAACAAUGUAUGAAGAGAUUUCUCAUAUCAGUUGAAGGAUAUGAAUUGUUGGCACUUAAUCCUCCUAUUAUGGAGGAUAACUCUUGUGAUGAUAUACCAAAUCUCAGCCCUUCAGUUAUGGAAAAGGUGAUUGAAGCUAAUGCACGUUCUGAAGCUCAUGAAAAGAAGAUGGCAAAAAUUAGAAAGCAAGUGGGGGCCAUGAAGAAAGCCUAUUAUAACAAUCCUGCUAAUCCAAUUUUGGAGUCUGAUGAUGAACCUGAUGAGUGGUUUGAGUCGGAUGGUGAACAUGAAAUGACUGAUGAGGAAUUUAAAAGAUAUAUGGAACAACUUGAUGCUAGUGGGGGUUUUGAUAUGAACGACUUUUCAAAUUGUCGUGCAUUUGGUAUGAUUCAACCAAUGGAAUUGAAUGAGGUUUCAGUUACAGAACUUGAUAAAUAUAUUAAAAUGGCACUUGAAGAAUUCAAUCAGAAAGAGAACUCAAAUUUUGAAUGUGUGGAGAUUGAGAAGGCAAAUGUAUUGGGAGGACUACGCACAGAGUAUUAUAUCACUUUUAAAGCAAAAGAUGAGAAGAGAGUUUCAAUCUAUACAUUUCAAGCUUUAAUAUUUUAUGAUUAUGUUUGUGAAAAAAGACACUAUGAAACAUCAGUUGGCAUUUGUAGAUUAAAGCCUAUUCCACCGCCUAGGCAUGGCCACACAAUCGCCCUUCUUUAGAUGGUAUGAUGAUGAAUAUGCUUCUCACCUCAAGCACAUGUUGUAUAUGAAAAAAUCCAAUGAGGAGCUACAGAAGGGAGGGGAAAUCUCAAAGAGAAGUGUUCGAGCUUAAGUAUUUAAUUGAUAAAUGAUGCGAUUAAUGUGGAAAAUCAUCUUAUUCAAGCUAAUGACAAAAUUGAGAAGAUUGGAGGUGGAGCUAACAUAUUUGUAUUCUACUAAAUGGUUUCUAUAUUUUCACAACCAACAGAAAUCCUCCCCCUCAUUUCUAACAUGUCAUGGAGGAGAAGGCUUCAGGUAGGUGAGUAGGUUUUGUAUCGUGUUUUGUCCAGCACUAUUUAUGGUAUUCUAGCAACAGAUAACAAAGAGGAUGAGCCUUUUUUAUGAAUAUGAAGAGGAUGAGCCUUACUGGAUCUCGAUGGCUAACAACUACAUGUCGAGCAGCUUCAUCAAAAUCUGUCAUGGCAGUUCAACUUCAACUUCAGCAAAUGUUAUCUAUAGCAGGCUUUGGAAGGCUAAAGUUCCACCGGAAGUUUAAUUCUUUGUUUGGGUCCUUCACAAGGAUCGUAUAGUUUUGAAAGAGUUAUUAUUUUAUCGCCGGAUUAUUAAUGAGGAUGCUCUGUUAUGUCCGAAUUGUUUGAUAGAGAUUGAAACAGGAAUCCACAUAAUAUUUCACUAUUCUUUUGCUUGGGA